UAGCAUUGCCGACAAUAACAAUAUUGUUCUUCAUGUGUUAAACUACUAUUGUAAUAGCCGGUGAACUUAAUCUUCUAGUUUAUUAUAGCUAGAAUGACACCAGGCUGACAGCUGUACAGAUUCUAACCUACUUAAUAACGAAACAAAUUCAAAGCCUUCUUUACAUACUCAUAAUGUCGGGAGGCGAAGGAAAGGAAGAGAUGAACGAGAAUGAGAAUAAAUCAUCCAUGGAAAUCCUAUCAGAACUAUUCAGCAAAUUUGAUGCUGAUCCACCAGUUAUCAUCAAGAAGGAAAAGGAUGAGAGUUCGAGGAAGCAUAAGAAGAGCAAGAAGAAGCACAAGCAUAAAGAAAAGAAGCAUAAGAAGAAGUCCAAGAAACAUAAAGUACGAAACUCUAGUGAAAGUGAUUCAAGCAAUGGUUCUGGUAUAGAUCUUACAGAUAUAUUGAAAAGUGAGGAUUGCAAUAGUUCCUUGAGUGAGACAAUAAAGAAAAUAAUUAAGAUGGAUACAAAGACUAUGAGUAAGAGUAAUGUGAAGGAAGUAAAGGAAAAGGAGAAGAAAAGUCAUAAGAGGAAGAAGCAUAAAAGCAAUCACAGUGAUGAUGACAGGAAGAAAUGCAAAAAGAUGAAAUUUGAGGAAAAGAGCAGGAAAGAUUCUCCUGAAAGGUAUAAAGAACAUAAGAGGUCCAUUGACAGGUCAGAAAGUAAAUAUAGAGAGGAAAAACACAAGUAUAGGGAUGACUAUAAAUAUAGAGAUUAUCGAUAUAAAGAUGAUUAUAGAUCUAAAGAUUAUGAUGAUGACAAGAGGCAUAAGUACAGAGAUAAUCCAUUUUAUAGGGAUAGAUCUGAAGAUCGUUACUUUGAUGAUAGACAUAGAACCUAUGACAGGGACAGAGACAAAGAAGAUAGUGAUAAUUAUAUUGAUAAAAAGAAGCUUUUAGAGAUAGCAAGAAGGAAUGCUAUACAGAUGAUGAAAUCUGGUAGUUUACCAGGAGCAUUGACUUUGGGACCUCAGGCCCAAGAGAAGGUGAUUGCCGCUAUAAGAUCGGGCGGUAAAACUGUGGAGGAAUUGACGGAUUUUUGCAAGACGUUGUCAAAGCAGGAGGAACUUGGAGAACUAUCAAGUAUUUCUGACGUUAAUAGCAGUGAGAGCGAUGGCGACCAACCGUUCCAUCAUCCAUUUCAAAUUAAAGAUAAACCACUUACAAUUAAUAUAAAAAAUUCAGUACCACUACCGAUAAAGAGUAAUCAGGAGAGGGCUUCGGAAUUAAGGAUACAGUUUCCCGUUAGUAGUGGACAACAGCAUAGGAAGACGGAGAGUGAAUGGGUGCCAGUGGAACCGAAAGCUAUCGAGGCUCCUCCUCCUGUACUGCCUAAGCCAAUACCUGUCGAGGAACCGGAAGUCAUUGCACCCGCCCCCGUGGUUGUGGUUCCACCUGGUCCACAAGCUUUCCCCUCUAAAGAUCUGGAUGAAGCUACUUUACAAGAGAACGUAGAUAUCGCGUCUAUAGUUAGUCAACGUUUGACAGCAAUGAGGAAGUUGCAAGAGAAUCCGCAUGAUGUUCAGGCUAUUACAGAGAUGUUUCAAGCUCAAAAGGAGAUGAACACUUGGGCGGAAAGUAAACAGCAAGUUGGACAAUUCACUGGGUCGACUGGAGCCCAGAUAUUAUCGCAGGCGGAAUUAUCCGCCGGUUACCAGGCGUGGGCUAGGAAGGACCAAUUGCAAACUGCGGCACCGGUGAGUGGCGGUAUGGGCAUGCAUUUACUCCAGAAGAUGGGAUGGCGUCCGGGCGAGGGUCUUGGUAAGGAGAAGACCGGCACCCUGGAACCUUUGCUGCUGGAAGUCAAAUUAGAUAAAAAGGGUAUAGUAGCAAAAGAGGAACAGAAGAAGAUUGUUAAGCCGCCCAAGCAGCCAACCAAAACUCUGCAGGGUAAACAUCCUGUCUCUCUGCUGGGCGAAUACGCCUCAAAGCGAAAACUAGGCGCUCCUCAGUAUACAGUGGACUUCGAAUGUGGUCCUGACCACAAGAAAAACUUCCUAUUCAAAGUGCUAUUGAAUGGGAUUGAAUACAAGCCGAACGUAGCUAGCAGCAACAAGAAAGAGGCUAAAGCGUUAGCUGCUACAAUUUGCCUACAGCAAUUAGGACUCCUUCCAGUUUGAGAUUGUUUGGAUUUUUGUUUAAACCUAUUUAUAUACAGAAUAAAAGUUUUUUGUUUUCCCAU